AUGUCAGGUGGUAGACUUAUAGUACUGGACCGCGCUGGUCGCGAUGCCAAGCAGUAUGCCCUUUCAGAGGGUUUGGCCACCCUUGGCUCGGAUUUGGCUUGUGACAUCCGCCUAAUGCUACCAGCAGUCAGUGCCCACCAUGCCACUGUUAUGGUACAGGCUAAUCAGACUGUGGUACAAAGUGUAUCUGAAGGUGUCACUUUGCUGAAUGAUGUGCCAGUAAGUGUAGCUGUACUCAGGCACGGUGAUAUCAUUUCUAUGGGUGGACGUGCUCUACGCUGGGAGUAUUCACAACCACAGCACAGACCCCUCUCUAAACCACAACCACCAUUGGUAGUAAUAAACAAGACUCGAAGCAGAGGUAAGGGUCACAGAAGUCGGUCCAGUGAUCCAGUACUCCAUGAUACGCAUGCUCAUAAUCAGAGAGCUUCAUUACCUGCUUCAAGUAUGAAGCAAGUGGCAAUAGUUCAACCGCAGAGAAGAAAUGUAAUGCAGGGAGAACCAAGUUGCACUCCCGAAUUGACUGAUUCUAGUCUAAUUGAAAACACGGAAAAUGAAAACACUCAAGAAACAAUUACGAGGAAAUCAGCGCGGCCGAGCCAAAAAAGUCUCCAAACAAAUACUAAGGCUUCAGAAUGGAUUGAGUCGCGUAAAAGCUCGCGAGCGCCUAUCACACCGACACGGACACGGAACAACCUCACACCGUCAGAGUUACAAUCUCGAACUAAAUCUGCAACACGACCAAUGACACAGAGAGACACACAAUUGCGUUCAAAAUCCUUGGCGUGUAUACCGUUAGAAAGUGAAGGAGAAAACACAAAGGUGACUUUAACACCGAGACAAACACAGUCACGUUCCAAAAUCCUAGAAGGGACACAAAUAGAAACAAAAUCUACAACUCGGGCGAGUCUCACACCGAAAGAAACACGUGAAGUCCGGUCAAGGUCGGCAGUUACACCGAUCGACACAAAAGAAUCCAAAUCUAGUACACGGAAGUCCCUUACACCAAGAGAUGCCCCAUCAGAACCUGAAGUUACAUCGAAACAAACAAAAACUCCAAUACGGACUACACCGAGACAAACACAAUCAAGUUCAAAAGUGGAUGUUACCCCACUACAAUCAAGAACACAAGCAAAAUCAGUACGGGCCUUUACGCCUACACAGAAAUCGCGCACCAGUACUUUGGGACCCGUGACCAACUCAGUUAAAUCACGAAAGGCGCUAACAAGGGAAUCGGGAAAAUCUUCAAUUAUACCAAUACUUUCAAAAAGACAGCUAGCAAUUACACCGACAGGAAACCGUGAAUUGUCGCGUUCAAAUAUACUUGCAGAAAGAACACCGUUGAAUCAUUCGAAAUCUUUGUUGCCACGUUCUGCACGCACACCGUUACAAAGUACCUCAACUUCUGUACAAAGUACCUCAACUUCUGUACAAAGUACCUCAACUUCUGUACUAAGUAGGUCUCGACUGACAAGUACGCCGAAAUCGUCAAAUAGAACACCGUUCCCAGAGAAGCGCGUGCUACCACCACGAGCAAGAACGUUAACACCGCGGGCUCAACAGUUCGCCAUGAACAAGUCGUCUAUUACGCCGCGGACUUGGCGCGAUACGUCGCUUCGCUUAACGGUGUUACGAAAGACCCACAGGCCCGUUAAAAUACAGGCACCUACGUUGAUUGACCACACGAAGCAAGCUGCUUUAUUGCUGAUGACACGUCACACGAAGUCAAAGUCUCCGAACGCGGUAUCUACUGUUGUGAUAAAACCAACUCCAAUGCCAAAAUCACUGAAAAGAAGCUCUCGGGCACUAAGAGAAAGCUUGGCGAGAAAACGAAAUACUUCUGUGCUAAGCACUAGCGACGAUCAUUCAACGCGAAGAAGUUUAUCUUGUCAAUCUGCACGAAAAAGUGCUAUGAAAUCUACACUUAAGGAUCCAAGCAGUGCACGGAAAACAGAAUCAAUUAAAUUCGAUCUUAGCAAUCUAGAACAUGAUAUGUCCGAUCGAUUAAGAUCCUCAGUGGUCACGGUGGAUACGACAAAUCAGACUUUUGAUAGUAUGUCAAGUCAAUACGUCUCGCCAUCUUCAAGAAGAUCUAUACAGUCCAGAAGCAGUCGUAUCAUCGAAAAGACUUUGGGUAGUCCUAUGACCGUAACUGAAACUACCGAAACUUCAAUCGCUACCUCUCCUAAGUCCAGGUCUUCGCGUGGUUCUCUAAUUGUCCAGAAAGCUCUCGAAGAAACUCUUAAAACACAAAAUAACUCAUCAGGACAAACAAAUCUAACAAAAACACUAAGUCCACCUGCCGAAAGCUAUUCAAUAGUGGAUUUGGUCACUCGCGAUUCUAAUGCUACGGAAUAUAAUACGAUUGAUUCCACGCCUUUUGGGACCCCUCGAAGUCACAGGAAAACCAGAUCUUUCGCUGUAACGUUACCUUCCAGCACACCGUAUAAAGUGCCGAUAAAUAUAAGUUUGAAAUAUGAGAAUGCGAAUGACACACCGCCACAUGCAGAGUCACCUGAAGUUAUUACACCCCAAAAUGAUGAAAAUAAUAAACCUGUUGCGAGUACUAAAGUUUCCAAGAGGUCCCGUAGCAAAUCUAGGUUAAACGAUAGUGAUCUAUUCCUAUUGGAAGACGAAGAUUCUCCGAGAACGUCGAAAAGGGCCGAUAAAUCGGCUACCACUUCUUUCGACGUUUCACAUUUAAAGAGAAAAUUAUCCCAAAGCCUCACCGAGUCUGAUGCAGAGUCAGAUAAAAGUGACAAAAAUGUAUUUGCCAAGGCCCCUAAAAAUAGUUUAAGUAAUGUCAGAGUAAAAGAACUAUUUGCUAAAUCUCCUCAAAAUGACCUACGCUUUGUUUCGGGAGUAAAGACCUUAUUCAAAUCGUUGAGAAAGCAAAAUACACCUAAAAAUACUCUAGAAGAUGUGAAAGGAGUCAAAAGAUUAUUUAGAGAAAAAGAAAAAUCGCCUAAGAAUACGCUAGAGGACGUAAGUGGAGUUAAAGGGUUAUUUAGGAGGAGUCCUCGGAACAAUUUGAGAGUAUCUGGAGUAAAGGACGCUUUACGUAUAAAAUCGCCCAAAAAUGAUUUAACUGAUGUGCGCGGGGUGAGGCGUCUAUAUCGACUCGAAAAAGAACGAUAUAGCAGCAACGUAAGCGGAAUCCAAGAAAUGUUCAAUGAAAUUUCAGAAAUGGACACAACAUUUGAUCUACUAAUGAACAAGCCUCCAUUACGGACAUAUAAAGCAGCGAGUGCUCAGAAAAUGAAUCUAAAACAAAAAACACGCCAAGCAAAAUCUUUGUACGAUUCGACUUCAAUACACGUGGAUGGUUGGAUGAAGAAUAAUGAAAAAAGGUCACUUAAGCCUUUAAAAUCGACUCCAGUUAAAGGCAAUGUGACGCUAAACUCCACAGAGUUAUGCCAAAUCUCUCCUAUCACUAAGCCAGCACCUGUUGAUACAGCCGGAACAUCACAAUCAGAUUACCACACCAUUGACAUCAGCGUUAAUAAUAGUUCCGUAUCACUCGGGAGGACGACACGAUCCACAAGACAAAAUCGCAGCGCCUUGAAAAAUACCACUUUUACAAUUAAAGAGACAAUAACUGAAGAAAAACCGUCCACAGCACUGGUGAUUCACAAAAAAUCUCCAGUUAUCAAAUCGGUCAGAAAAACGCGUCAACGGGUGCAAGAGCAAUCCGAUAGUGUCCAAAACAAUGAAAUUUCGGAAUCGAAAGGCCAAAAAUUAAGAGAAACGAAAACCACACGACGAACAGUCAAAACGUCUGAACAAGAGGCAGCAAUUUCAGUACCAAGAAAGACACGUUCUAAAGCAACAUCGCCACGGAAAUCCAAUGCUAGACGCGUCUCGAUUGUCAUAAAAACACCAAUGCCGAGAAUGACGCGUAGAGGCAAAAUCCCGGUAAAAGAAGAGAAUGAUAAAGCGGUCCAAAGUCCUGAACAAAAUGAAAUACCCACUGUUAACGAUGCAGCGCGUGUUUUAACGAAACUAACACCAAAAAUUUCGAAAACGAAAAGAGUUUCCGUUGUAAUUCCGGCGAAAACAGCUCUCGCUUCAGCUAGGAAAACUCGAAGUAGAGUGGCCGCUCUCAACAAGGAAAUAACUGAAGCUAAUAAGGCUACAAAAGGGACUAUUGCAACCACUACGACAACUCGCAAGGGUAAGGGUAAAGCUGUCGAAGUUGAACCUACUGAAAAUGAAGUUAUAGAAAAACCAAAAAGAGGCAGAAGAAAACAAGUGGAAAAGAAGAAUCCAGAAGUCCUGAUAAAGAAUGAAAUUGAAGUAAAGACGCGAGCUAAAGCCAUGAGAAACCUGUUAUUACCAAAGUUGAGAAGAAAACUCAAAGAGGAAAGAAGGUAA